AGUUCAGGGAGGGACAUGGCAAAGGAGGAGAAGGGUUUAAAAAGCAGACCUCCUUCCCAGUUGAUGACAGUGUUGCGAGAGGCUCAGCUUUGUGCGACUGACGAACACUGCAAAGAUCAGAUUGUAAUCUCAGACUCCAGCUUCAGAGCAGAUAUGUCUUUCUUUACAACUGUGGCAUUCGUGGUUAUUCUGGCUAUUGCUGUGGGUACCAGUCAGGGGGAUCCAGGAGUGUCUCUGCGAUGUCAGUGCAUCAAGAAGGAGAGUAAGCCCAUCGGACGUCAUAUAGGAAGGGUGGAGGUGAUCCUUCCCAGCCCUCACUGCUCAGAAACUGAGAUUAUUGCCAGUCUUAAAAACACUGGGAAAGCGGUGUGUCUGGACCCUGAAGCUCCGUGGGUCCAAAGAGUGCUCCAGGAAUUGUUGAGACGCACAACAACGAGUGUGGACACAAACAAGGCUUUAUACUGAAGAGCAUCACACUUUCAAAGAGCUGUUUAUGAAAGUAAUAACAUUAUUUGUGUUUUCGCUUUGUAUCUUUUAUUUUUUGUAUGAAUCAGUCAAUGUAAAGAAUUGUUUAAAAAUAAUUUAUAAAUAUAUGAAUAAAAUAUGCUCCUUAUUCUUUAGUGCUUAACAUCAGGGGGAAAUAGAUGGAACAUGAAAGUUCUACUUGAAGGCUGUACAACGUUUUUACAGGCUGAAUGAAUUCUUUGUUUGAAUUUAUACCACUACCAUAACGUUAUUAUGCUGUCUUGGACAAGGUGGCUGUGUCUAGGAUCAUGUAAAAAUCACAACUAAGAUUUUCAGGUUAGAUUCCACUGAGGUCAGAGAAGAUCUGUAUAUUUUGUUUCUUUAUUUAAAUAAAGCAUUUUUACAAAAAAGGUU